GAACAGUGCAAUUGAUUAAUUAUUAAUAUUGAACAAAAUGAACAUGGAAUUGUUGGAUAUAGUGGAAACCAUCCUUCUGUGUAGUCGCAUGGUAGAUCAGGACGUUAUGAAAGGUCCGAACUCGCUGGAAGAUACCAGGAGGACAUCAGUCGACCGUGAAAGUAAAUUCGCGCGAGUGAAACGAAUGCUCACAUGUCAGACACGGACACCGUUGACGUACGAUGAGGCGAAGGCAUCGGCGAAGGCUCGCAAACGCAAGGAGCGCCAGGAGAGCAUCAGUUCGAUAUCGCAGGAAAGAAAAGUAAUACGCUCCAACUCCGAGGAGCGGCCGAUUUGUCAGAAGAAUGAGAAUAACAAGGAUAUUCGGCGCGUUUCGAGCAAUGAGGACUUCCAGCAUUCGCAGCCGCUGCAGACACACAAUGACAACGUCGCGACCCUAGCGAUUCAGGAUGGUCCUAUGAAAAUAUCCCCGCAGCGAGAUAUCACAAUCGAUGAUUGCGAAUUUGAACGGCGAAGAUCGCACGAACGGUUUUCCCGACCGCUGGUGCAACGCGGACGGUACAAUCAACCGCGCAAGCCAAAACCAAGCAGUUUUCGAAAAAUUACAACGGUAAAGAGAAAAGCAGCAGCGAAGAAAGUAAAACAUGAGCGUGCUGGCGAUGACGUCGAUGCGCCAUCUGAUGUUGCUAGUGUGGAUGGUUGUAAUUUUCUGCAAUUGAAGCAAAAUAAUAAAGAAAAAGAGCGCUCGCCGAGUCCGGUGCAUACACCGGCAUCGCCUGCGUUAGACCUCACAACACUCCAUCAGCAGAUUGACAAUGCCGAACCCGUAUUAUCUAAUAUUAAUGACGAGGCGGCGGAGAACCAGCCGAGUCUUUCUGUCGCGUCCAACCGCCUACUGUCGUCGCCGCGUAAUUCAGUUAUCAUAACGCAGCGGAUUUAUUUAAAUCCAGACGUGCCGCUGCAUCCGUCGUUAAAGGAUCCGAUUAAUCCACUCGAGCAACGUCAGCGGCAUAUUGCUAAACAGAUUAACAGCUUAAAGAAGAAGCUGAAGAAAGUCGACGAUGACUUCGAGACGAAAAACGGUUAUAGACCAUCGCACGCUGAUAAAUUGAACGACAAAAGCAUUAAGAAGUUGUGCGCGGAAUUGAAUAAAUUGAAGAAGGAACAAAGGGCGUUGCUGGAGGAUGCCACGUCGCCAACGACGGCGUCCGGCAUUGUGAAACAAGACGCGAAGAAAACAACGUCGACGUUAAAGGACACCCUGCAGGAAAUCGAGAAGAGACUGGAUGUGAAACGAGGGUCGGUUAACCGGAGCAACAACGUUGAAGAAUUGUCCAACGAUCAAUUGCUUGAGGAGAAGACUGCUGUGCAAAAAGCUUUACUGUAUUUGGAGUCGGUUCAUGGUAGGCCUUCGAAUAAGGAAGAUAAGGAUGCUGCACGACCUCUGUAUGAUAGAUACAGACUGCUCAAACGAUCUCUUGCUCGGAUGAAUGCGGUUAGUAAUGUUAUUGAAUUGGCAACAAUUCACGAACAUGAGACAAUGGACUUCAUCUCGCUUCCGACGCAAGUCGUAGAAACCGAAUCGGACAAGAUGGCUGCCCUGACAGGCAGCACGACAGACAGCGACACCGAUACAUCCAUCGGCGAGAAUCUCCACGCGCUUUCCCUCGAAGAACUCCGUGAUCAACAGAAGUCUACCAACGAGGAAAAGAAGCAGCUGCGUCGAUCGCUCAAAGAGUUCGAAGCGGACUUCGAAACGAAAACGGGAAGAAAGCUCCAGAAGGAAGAUCGCGCCUCCAUGGAGACGGUUUACACUUCCUACAAAAGAGCCAAGGCCAAACUGAAGCUGCUCGAUGCGCUGGUGGGCAAGCAGGCUCUCUAAUGCACACACACACAUCAUAUCAAGCUUCAUCAUCAUCUCACAUUUAUUCACAUUUGGCAAUUCGAAGAUAAACAAAACCCUAUGAUAAACCAAUCUACAGAUCUAGUAUAAUUGAUGUACUUGUGCUCCAUAUUAAGUUUGUACGUGUAUUCUAUUUUAGGUUGUCGUAGGCGUAAUUUCUAUGAUAUACAGUUGAUUGUAUGUAUUUACUAUUCGUUGUCUUGCGUGUGCGAUGAGAUGUGUUUCGUUUACAAAUCGUUCGUGCGUUCCUUUUUGAUGCCAUGUUUUGCAUAAAUCACGACGCGUAUCGAAUGAACUAUGAUCACACAGCGGAUGAUCGAUUUUUGAAUAUAUUAUAUUGAUUUUAUAAAGGAUAUAAAACAUUUUAGAAAUUUUAUAUGAGCGACGCUCGCGAAACGAUUGUUUAGUGCAUGUAUUGAAUUAAUACAAGUUGUUUUUAUUAUAUGACAAUUUAUGCAUUGUAUUACACUGGAUGCUAUUCUUUAAAAUAUGCCAAAAAUAUAACUGAGGACUACUUA